CGUGCGGGCGGGGUGGCCAGGUGUGCGCGCUGGGCGACUCCGGCCCCGGGACCGGGACUGGCGCUCUCCACCCCACCCUGCCGCCGCCGCCGCCGCCGCCGCCCGCUGGUCCCGGAGCCGCCCGCCCGGAGUAAGAAUCACAAAUGUCCUCAAAUUGCACAGUGUCUGAGAGAAGAUCUAGGAACCCAGGCGGGGUUUAUAAUGAUGUUCCAGGAGACUCCUCCUAUCAAGAUGGUACCAUGAGGACACUUCAGAGUCUUCGAGACAGUGAAUUAGCUGUGAGUGCAGAUCCUUUGCCGCCUCCACCUCUCCCCUUACAGCCACCAUUUGGCCCAGACUUUAAUUCAAGUGACACAGAAGAACCAGUCCUAGCUCCAGAUAUAAAACCUGUAAGGAGGUUUGUUCCAGACUCUUGGAAGAACUUCUUCAAAGAGAAAAGGAAUGACCCAGAAUGGGAGAGGCCUGUGUCUGACAUUAGGUAUAUUUCUGAUGGUGUUGAGUGUUCCCCACCAGCCUCACCAGGAAGAUCAAACCACCCCAGUGACCAUAAAGAUCCAUACAGAGAAUCCGGUGGAACUUACAGUUCACGGAAAGAAACUGAAGCAUUUCUCCCUCAAGAUUCAUACGGAUCCCUAGGGCGACACACGCAAACAGUCCUGACUUACAGCGAAAAGGUAGAAGAGUAUAACCAGAGGUACUCCUACAUGAAGUCAUGGGCAGGACUGCUGAGAAUCCUUGGUGUCGUGGAGCUGCUUUUAGGAGCAGGCGUCUUUGCUUGUGUCACAGCCUAUAUCCAUAAAGACAAUGAAUGGUAUAACCUGUUUGGAUAUUCACAGCCCUAUGGUGUGGGCACAGGUAGCCUGGGCAGCAUGUAUGGAGGUUACUACUACAGUGGCCCCAAAACCCCCUUUAUUCUGGUUGUUGCUGGGCUAUCUUGGAUUACAACCAUUAUCCUUCUAGUUCUUGGCAUGUCUAUGUAUUAUCGGACCAUCCUUCUGGACUCGAGUUGGUGGCCUCUGACUGAGUUUGGAAUUAACGUCGCCCUCUUCAUUUUGUACAUGUCUGCAGCCAUAAUCUAUGUAAAUGAUACUAACCGGGGUGGCCUCUGCUCUUACCCUUUAUUUAACACACCGAUGAAUGCAGCAUUUUGCCGAGUAGAAGGAGGACAGAUCGCAGCCAUGAUAUUUUUGUUUGUCACUAUGAUUGUUUAUCUCAUUAGCGCUAUAGUUUGCCUCAAGUUAUGGAGGCAUGAAGCAGCAAGGAGGCACAGAGAGUACAUGGAACAGCAAAGGAUAAGUGAACCCUGUAUUGCAUCUAAAAGAACAAUGCAUGAAAUGCCCAGCAGUGAUGAGAGACAAAGAGACUCAGAAGUUAAUUUCAAAGAGUUGAGAGCAACAAAAUUAAAGCCUGAACUACUUAGUGGACACAUCCCAUCUGGACACAUUCCUAAGCCCAUAGUGAUGCCAGAUUAUGUAGCGAAGUACCCUGUGAUUCAGUCAGAUGAUGAACGAGAACGCUAUAAAGCUGUGUUCAAAGACCAGUUUUCAGAAUAUAAAGAGCUAUCUGCUGAAGUCCAAGCUGUCCUUAGAAAAUUUGAUGAGUUGGAUGCAAUGAUGAGCAGAUUGCCACAUCACUCAGAAAACAGACAGGAACAUGAAAGAAUUUCAAAAAUUCUUCAGGAAUUUAAGAAGAAAAAGAAUGAUCCUACAUUUUUGGAAAAAAAAGAACGUUGUGAAUACCUGAAGAAUAAGCUUUCUCACAUAAAACAAAGAAUUCAGGAAUAUGAUAAAAUUAUGAAUUGGAAUAUACAAGGUUUUUCCUAAACCUUAUCUGGAAACUUUUUUAAUGGAAAUUUGUUUAAUAUUUAUUUGCUGCCAUAUCUUUUUCAAUAUCAUGACAUAUAUGUGUGUAUGUGUAUAUAUAUGUAUAUAUAUAUGUAGAAUUGGUUGCUAUUGGGAACCAGCUUUUGGCCACUAUUAUCUGUUUGUAUGAGUGCUAAAAGGCUUGUUUCCAUUCAGAUACCUCUAAUUUCUAAUUCAUUAUGUGCCUUUAUUUAUAAUGAAUCCAUUCCUAUGUUCAUUUCUGAAGAGAAUUAUGCCUGUCUUUUUUCUUUAGAAAGUGUCCUCAGGAAAAGUGACAUAGGAGUAUGGUCUCUAAUAGAGGAAAGCACUAGGAUAUCCUUAAUAGUAUUUGUGCUGUCACACUGCUGUCCCCCAGGUUUUCCCUUCCCUAAAAAGAUGAACUUCUUUUCCUAGCCAAAGUUGUCAUCUGCUUCCAUGAGUGGGAGAAGUACAAGGCAUCCUUGUUACAAAGUUCCUUAAUCAGCAAACCCUAAGUAGCCAACCAGAAAACUCAGAUAUUGUGAGUUCCCAUUUUAUGCCCUUAGCCCUUACUAUCAAGAACAAGAAAAUACUAACAGUCGAGCAGAGACAAGAACAACCUUUAACCUGCUCUAGUAGUGGUGCCUACAAAGGGCCCAUGACCCUGUGCUCAUUAGGGCCAUGCAGAGGAUGCCUCAGGUCUGUCCUUCAGCUAGCUUAAGUCCUCCCUUUCGAGCCUAACUUCACAUACCUCCCCUCCAUGCACUCCAGCCAAACUGGAUUAGCUGUUUCCAAAUUCAACUGUUGUUAUUUCUCAAAAUUUGUAUUUUCCCCCAGGACAUUCCCCACCUACUCAGAAUGUGCUUCCUCCUCAUCCCUGCCCUGAGAUUCCUCAUGUUUAAUGGUUAGCUGGGGGCACCUGCCCUUUUUACCCCCAAGCUGAAAGUGCUCUCUCCUUCCUCUGCUCAUGUACCUUCUCUUUUGCCCGUAUCACGUCCUACCUUGUAUUUAUCUGUGUACAUGUUGUAUUAUAUUUUUCUGUGUACAUGUUUUCCCCAUCCCCUCACCCUAAUAGAAAAUAAUCUCAUGAAGUGCAGGGGUCUCUGUCUUUGUAUCCCCCUUCCUGGGACAGUGCCUUGCCCACAAUGGGUGUUUCAUAGAUGUUAAAAUCCUUGAGUAGGAAGAAUGUGUAGCACCUGGUCUUCACAAUUCAGACUGACUUCUAUCCCUAGUGAUCCUAGGGGCAUUGUAUCAUGUAUAGUAAGAGAGACUUUGGGUAUGAAUAUUUUACCUCUCUCUCUCUCUGCCUCCAGUGGUUUGUGAUACCCCAUGGUCCAUAUUUUCAUUUGAAUCUGGAUUCUUCCAUGUAGUAAAGUUUCUUCGGAUUCCUUUCUGACAUAUGUGUUGUAAACCAGAAUGGAAUAACUUGGAACAAGGACACUAAUGCUUCAUUUUCUGACAUUCUUAGCAAAAGCACAAAAGGUGAAUUGUGGGAGCUUUAUAAAUGUUACAAUUAUUGUUAUUUGACCAAUAUUGAGCAAUAACUCAUGAGUCCAGUGUGACUCUUCCUGCCCUGUGCACUUGGCCAUCUAUGAGUAGCCCCCUGCACAGAGUAGGCACUGACAAAAAUACUUAGUCAAAUUGAAUUUCAUAUAAAGUUUAUCACUUGAACUUAUACAUUGAAUGUUCAGAAUUACUGCCGGGAGGAAAAAAAAGCACCUCUAGAAAGUGUGUUAAUUUUUCCUAAAGAGUUUCCUUUUUCAUUAUUAACAAAGUAAUUAUUAGUGUUUAUCUGUCAAUAUUCUGUUGAAAUGUAAACUAUUAGAUAAUAAAAUCAAGGUCUAGGAAAAUUAACUUGAUAAAAAUUUAUAUUACAGUUGUAAAUAUU